UAGAAAAUUCUCUGUAUGGCAUCAGUAGUGACGACUUCUCAAAGUUUUAUGAGCGAAACCAACGUCCUCAACUUUGCCUUUCAAUAUCGCUUAACCAGUGUUUUGGUCCCUUUGGCUCUCCGUAGUCCAAAUUUUGUUUCCGUAGAGACGGUUUUAGAGGCAGAGACGGUCAAAUUGAGGAUAACGGUUCGCCGUAGGUCCGUUCAGAUUUACCUAACUGGAAAUUUAAAAGAUUUCAUCGAAACGCUGACGGCUUUAGGCUACCCGCGCCGGAUAUCCACGGAGAAUUUCAGAACGCCUAACUUUCCUCUCGUGGCCGAAAUCCUGAUUUGGCUCGUGAAGAGAUAUGAACCUCACAAUGAAAUCCCCACAGACGUGGACACAGAAGCAGACAGGAUUUUCUUUAUAAAGACUGUAGCUCAGUUUAUGGCUGCAAAGGCUCACAUCAAGCUUAACACCAAGCGCCUCUAUCAGGCAGAUGGCUACGCAGUCAAGGAAAUGCUGAAGAUCUCCUCAGUUCUCCACAGUGCAAUGAAAACGAAGGAGAUGGCACUGGAAGACCGAGCAGAGGAUGACAACAAGUUCAGAUCGGACAUUGGCUCACGGAUUUCAGAUCUUAAAGCAGCACGUCAGCUGGCAUCUGAGGUCACAACCACGGGAGCUUCUCUGUAUGAUUUACUAGGAAAAGAGGUGGACUUAAGGGAAAGGAGAACUGUCGCCAUCGCGCGACCCCUCGACAUAAAUGAAACCGAAAAGGCCCUGAGAGCUGCCACCAAGGACGUUUUGGAAAAUGUGGCUAAAACAAAAGACAUGUUGAACAAUGUUGUGUCUGAUGAAGCCAGUUUAGAUGCCAAGAUAGAAAGGAAGAAACAGGAUCUGGAGAGGCAUCAAAAGAGGCUCCAGACCCUGCAGAGUGUCAGGCCAGCAUUCAUGGAUGAAUAUGAGAAGAUAGAAGAGGAGCUGAAGAAGCAAUAUGACCUUUACGAGAAGAAAUUCCGAAACCUCAGCUUUCUGGAGUCUCAGCUGGAGGAACACCACAGACUAGAAAAGGAAAGGUUUGAGGAAGCUGAAAACACUCUGAGGAUAAUGCAGCACAAACUGAGAGAGGAGAAACUUGACCUGAUGAGGGGCUCCUUGACAAAUGAAGACUCUGACUUGGGCGUCAUUGAGGAUGAAGGUUCCGACAGCGACCUUGAAGAAUCUCGGCCUUCAAAGCCGCGGCCCAUGAGAAACGGCCUCAUGACUGGGAGAGGAGGACUUUUUAUUGGUAACAUGCAGGGUGGUGACAGCGAUGAGACUGAUGACAGUGAAAUCGAUGUGGACGACGACGAUGAUGAGGAAGAUGAGGAAAGAGAGGAGGAGAGCAAGGAUUUGGAGGAUGAUAGUUUCGAAGGUCCCAUGUCUAGAAACAACCGUCCUUCAAUUGGAGCAGUGAGGCCUGCUCUGCUGGAUGAAAGUGAUAAUGACUUUUAAGAAAAGAGCUCACCAAAUUCUAUAAUUUGUCUGUUUCUAACUUGUAUUUUAAGUUGGACCAUGAUAUCAGCUUAUCUCAAACGUAUAAACAUUGUUAUUUACAGCAUAUAUGUGGAGUGAAAAUAGCCUCAACGGAUUUGAGACUAUUUUCUCUUCACUUUAUGAUGUAGCUCUUGUUUUUGACUGUAUGAACUAUCAAAAUCCCUAACUGCAUAGUAGUUUUGUUGUCUGUUUGUAAUUCUUAAAUUAUUUUAAAGCCUUUUAAUACAUAAAAAAAUAAAGAAAUGG